AUGAGUCAAGAACGAGAUGAAUCCGAUGAUCGAAGUAAUAGUAAAUCAUCACGUCAUCAUGAUUAUUUAGUUAAACUUCAUGGUAUCUCAUGUUCAUCAAAUAAAGAUGAUAUUAAAAAAUUUCUUUAUCCAUGUCGUAUUGUUGCUAUUCAUUUAUUCGAAAAUAAUGGUACUUCAUCAAGUGAUUGUUUCGUUGAUUUAGAAUCCGAAGUUGAUGUUAAAGAUGCCUUAAAAAAAUCAAGUCAAUAUUUAGAUAAAAGAUGUAUUGAAGUCUUUCGCGCAACUACUUAUGAAUUUAAUUUUCAUGUUAAACAUAAAGGUAUGGUCUCAUGGCGUGAACCUGUUAUUCGAAUGAGUGGUCUUCCAUUUGCUUGUACAAUGGCUGAUGUACAAAAUUUUUUUGAAAAUAUUGAAAUAGCAAAAAAUGGUAUUUAUAUAACACGAGAUAUGGCAGAUAAAGCAUUGGGUGAUGGUUUUGUGGCUUUUGUCAAUAUGGAUAAUGCUUAUAAAGCAAUUGAUAUGCAUGAUCAUAAACAUAUUCAGCACAGGUACAUUGAAUUAUUUCCAUCGACAUAUGAUGAAGGGAAAAGAAGAAUUAUGAAUGAUGCUCGAUCAAAUGCAAGACAAUUUGUCGGUGAAGAUGAAGAUGAUGAUAAUAAAAAUAAUAAUAAUAAUAAUAAUAAUAAUAAUAAUAAUAUUAAUACUAAUAAACGAAAUUAUCGAAGUCGAAGUCACAGUCGGCAACGAUCACGAUCAUUAAGUCAAGGAUCAUAUACUAAUUAUCGUCGUCGUAGUCGUAGUAGAAGUGCAAUACGACGUUCAUCAUCUCGAAAUGAAGAACAUCUUGUUAAAAUACGUGGUAUGCCUUAUACUGUUGUUGAAGAUGAUAUUCGAAAGUUUUUUCCUGAGUCUUGUCAACCAAGUCGUAUUGAAAUUUUACAAGAUCGACGUAUGAAACGACCAAAUGGAGAUGCUCAUCUUUAUUAUAAUACGCUCGAUGAAGUCAAUGAAGCAUUGAAAUAUGAUCGAAAAUAUAUGGGUAGUCGUUAUGUUGAAAUUUAUUUCGAUUCACCUCGUUAUUCAUCAUUGAGUAAUCGACGAAGAAAAACUGAUGGUACCUCUCGUCGUUCAUCUCGUUCUCCAUCAAAACCAAAAUAUAAUCGUUACAGUCGAUCAAGAAUAUUUCAUCAUAGUAGAGCAAUGUUAUUAUUAUAA